UUAAAAGGCCUGCAGGCUGGUUUGAAUGCACCUCAGGAGCUGACAGAGCAACGACAUGGCACAUAAUAUGAUGCAUAUUAAUUGUAUUUAUCGCUGAUCGUUGUAAUGUAAUUUAUACGCGAGACGAAUCGGGGUGAUUAGAGGAUUUGUGUGUGAGGAGAGAUGUUUUCCUUCUGCUAGUUAAACAGGCUUCCGGAUCUAUUAGCCUAGCUUGCUAGCAUUCUGGUUUGCGGUGAUAAUAAAACCCCAGUCAUGGUUUUAAUGAUGGAAUCGCAGUGCGAGUAUUUUAUGUAUUUCCCCGCCGUUCCCAUUUCGGACCUGUCAGACCCGGCCCGGUACCGCACCCUCCCGCGCCGCAGCCAUCUGUAUCUGGGGGAGACGGUGCGGUUCCUGCUGGUUCUGCGCGCGCAGAGCGGUUCGGGCUCCGUGUGCAGUGAGGAACGCACGAGCCGCGGCUGGCGGGAACUGGCCGCGUGUCUGCGCGCGCUCGCCAGCGUCUGUCCGGGUGAAAGCAGGGCGCGAGGGAGGGAGCAUUCCGGAGAAGAUGGAGCCGAUGAGGAGAGUGAUGAAGAUGAUGGAGCGACGAGCUGCUCAGGCAGAGGAGCCACAACAUACCGGGGAUUCAGGGAGUGCAAGCCGCUUCUAAUCCACAACAACCCCGGUAACGGCGCAAGGGAAUUUCGCCGAGCUCCUGUGCAGUCUCCUGUGGACGAGCCAGUGGUUCUGAAUGAUGAAGUCAUCUUCCCCCUAACUGUGUCCUUGGAUAAACUCCCUGUCAACACACUCAAAGUGAAGAUCAUAGUGACUGUAUGGAAGCAGGAGGAGGAGAAGUCUGAGAUCCAGGAACAUGGCUACCUCAGCGUUCUUCAGCAGAAGAGCCCUUGCCAAACUUUCCGCCAGGACCUCAAUACUUUUAAAGCGCAAGUCAGCACCACUCUAAACGUCCUUCCUCCACCCACAGUGAAGUGUCAGCAGAUGACUGUGUCUGGGAAACACUUAACUGUACUUAAAGUGUUAAACGGAAGCUCUCAGGAGGAAGUGUGUAUACAUGAUGUCCGAAUCCUGCCCAACUUCAAUGCCUCUUAUUUACCCAUGAUGCCUGAUGGCUCCGUGCUGCUGGUCGACAAUGUGUGCCAUCAGUCAGGCGAGGUUGCCAUGGCGUCCUUCUACAGGAUGGACAGUGAGUCUAGUCACCUUCCAAGCAUGCUCAGUGCACUGGAGCAGCAGAACUUCCUGUUUCAACUACAGCUUAGUGACCAGACGCAAGAUGAUUCUAAUGAGGGUCUUGAGGUGCCUCUGAUAGCAGUCCUCCAGUGGUCCACUCCCAAGCUGCCAUUCACCAGCUCUAUCUACACACACUAUAGUGUGCCUAGCAUCAGACUGGACCGGCCUCACUUCAUCAUGACCGCGAGCUGCCCCAGUGCUGUAAGGGCUCAUGAGCACUUCAGAGUGCGCUACACACUCCUCAACAACCUGCAGGACUUCCUGGCUGUACGGCUCGUCUGGACACCAGAGGGCCGUGGGCAGAAGGAAGACCCGGCAGUAAAUGCAGUAGUGUGUCAUUCUCCUCUAAGUAACCUUGGUUACUGUCGAAAAGGCAGCACACUCUCUGUGUCCGUGGCCUUCCAAAUCCUCAAAGCUGGCCUCUUUGAGCUGAGUCAGCACAUGAAACUAAAGCUGCAGUUUACAGCAUCAGUGUCAAACCCCCCCCCUGAAGCCCGUCCUCUCUCGCGUAAGAACAGUCCAUCCAGUCCUGCUGUUCGAGACAUACUUGACAGACACCAGGCCAGCUUAAGUCUGGGACGCUCACAGUCUUUCUCCCACCAGCAGCCCUCCAAAUCCCACCUCACCAGGACAGGCAGUGUUAUGGAACGACGUGCAAUCACUCCUCCUGUCGGCUCUCCUGUCGGUCGGCCACUCUACCUCCCCCCGGAGCGGAGCGUUUUAUCACUUGACAAAAUCGCCAAACGAGAGUGCAAAGUGCUGGUGCUGGAGUCACACAGCUAAAUGUACAAACACACACACACACACACACACACACAUGCAUCACUUUGAAGAGUAGGAAGAGUCACACUGGAAUUAAAUUUUAGUUCUUAGUUAGUUGUUAAUUAUCCAACUUGAACUGAUUUGUUCUGGAAAAUUGAAAACGUGGAAUGUUUAAGGUUCACUGUAAUGUAGCAGACAGAGUGUCUAUUAGUUUUAGUAGUGUUCAAGUGAGAGGUGGGUUUUUCCUUGUUUCUACACCUUCAUUGUUUACAUGCACAGCAUUAAGGCUCCACAUCUCCUUUCAGAUCAGGCACCAAGUAUGCUACUGAUUUAUUUCUGUUUGACUGAAUUCUAAAAGGCAAAAAUUUGUGAAGUAAUUCAGUCACUUUAAGGCCUUGUUUUAAAUUUGGCCCUUGUAUUAAUUCAGGGUAAUGUGUAAAGACAUGUCUGAGGAAACAAAUGGGGUCACGAAAUUGGAAUUAAGUAGAAGUCUGAAACCUGCCUGAGUGUUUGUUUUUAACAUUUAUGAUUCAGUCUUUCAUGACAGUUCUGUAUUACAUUAUGCUGUUCCACUGACCAGCACCAGUGAAUACAUCCUUUUUUUUAUUUUGUAAGAUUAUUACUGAAUGUAAAUGUAUUUAUUUAUUUUAUGGUCUUGAUACCUACAUCCAUUCCUUUGCUCCAGCACAAUCUUAUGUGUUUCUUUAUUUUAAUUUGUUUUUUUUUUUUAUUAUUUUAUUAUUUAUGAGCCUUUAGAUUGAUUGUUUUUAUAUUGAUAGCUGAUAUAAACUGCUACUAUGUAUCAUAGUACAUUUCAGUCUUAAGUGUUUUGGGGAAAUUGAAGCGCAAACUACUGACGCAGUGCAUCAUCAGUUUUUGACUCGUUGGCUAAUUACGAUCAUGAUGGUUAAAAACUGAAAAUCAAAAUAAUAUGCAAUCACAAGACAGAAACGACAGUGCUGUAGUGUAGCCUAGUCUUAGAUAUUAGCAACAUUAACACAUAUAACAGCUUGAUUCUCUAAUACUUGAUUGUUAUUCAUUUAAAAGAAUGUUGUUUCCUGAUCUCAGCCAUAUGCAGCUUAAGGUUUCCUCCUUUUGACAUAGUUCUCUCUCUCUCUCACACACACACACACACACACACACACACACACACACACACACACACACACACACACACACA